CAAGCAUCCUCCUUCUCCUCUUGCACCCUACUCGCACCUCCCUCCCUCUCCCCCCCCCCUGUCCUUCCCCAUGUCCAAUUCGACAUCCACCAACCUCAUGGGUCCUUCCCUGAAGUCCAUCAGCUGGCGUACGGACGCCGUCACCUGGUCCUCGCAGGCCGCCCUCGAUGGUGAAGGCCCCACCUCGCCGGGCGGUAGCAAUGCCGAUCUGACCACCUCCUUCGUGCAGCUCGCUGUUCUGAGCCCCGACGCCUCUGAAGCUACCCAGCACCACACCUUCGAGCUCACCCGCAACGGCCUGGCUGCUCACCUUCUGCCAGCCAUCUCCGACAUCGAAAAGGCUCUGGAGUUCUAUUCCUCCUAAAGACACGGACUCAUCUCGGACUGCCGUCCUUCGCCUGCCCCUCUCUUCUCCCUUUUUUUUUCACAGCCCGCCAGCUAUCGCCGGCACCAUACCCAAUACAAUCCCCCCCUCCCAUUGAUUGGGAACGACUCGUUCAUGAA